GAAUGAUUGAUACCAUUCAUCCAUAUACUCCAGCUGCAGCUCAACGCAAGAAUGAACAAAGUGAUGAAAAUUGUUGUCCUGGCUCUAACUGCUUUGGUUGUUGCUACGGCAGCAACCAAGUCCAUCACUGGACGCUCCAGUCGCUGGGACGAGAUGAUCCUAGACCAUAGGACCCAACACAAGAAACAAGCUGGGCAACAAUGGCAGACCAUUGAUGAACCUUGUGAUCUUGGUGAUGUGACGCAGUUUGACGAGCUUAAAAGACGUAAUUCUGACCUUCUAGCUCCAGUGGGAGAUCAGGGAAGCUGUGGCAGCAGUUGGGCAUUUGCAGCAGCUCAUGCAGUGUCUGAUUCAAGGAACAUAGAAGCUGGUGAACAAUUGGACCUGCUCUCCGCUCAAUACACCACUCGUUGUGCAACAGACAAUAGUGGAUACGGUUGCUCCGGAGAUAAAGCUUCGAGCGCUCUAAAACACUAUCGUGACACCGGGGUGGCUACAGAUGUUUGUUUGCCGUAUGAUCCAUUAAGCUCUACACCAUCGAUAGGAAUAAACCAAGCAGAAUAUCCCCUAACCUGUUUUUCAACUUGUGCAGAUGGAUUAACUUUUAGUCCAAGCUCAAUAAAAAUUCCCGAAUACGAAGUCCUAUCUACUUACACUGAUGAAACCAUAAUAAAUGCUCUUAACCAAGAGCAGGUUGUGAUAGCUUCGAUUUGGGUGAACGAGGAUUUCAAACAAUACGGGUGCGGUGUCUUGACAACUACAGCACCAGCUUCGAUUGCAAAGUUUAUUCAUAUUCAUGAUGUUACAAUUGUGGACUACGGGAGCACCGAUACUGGAGUCGAUUUUUGGGUGAUUAAGAAUAGCUAUGGAAGCGACUAUGGAGAGAGUGGGUACUUCAGAGUUAGGAGAGGAAAAGAAGACCUCGGACUUGGACUCUAUCCCAUAGCCAUUCCAAUACUUUCCCCAGAUUCGUCGGUACCAUCGCCGAAUCCCACUGCAGAGACACAAGAAGCAAAUGCAUUAGUGGAUGUUACCGACCCAUAUAGUGAUGUCACAACAAUGAGUGCAGUCGACUUCGCACUACAAGGUCUUGUUGAGGAUGAGCAAGUCAAGUGCCCCAAUGGAGAAGCAGCUACUGGUCUAAGCUUGCUCUCUUUUGACAGUGCAGGUGUCCAAGUGGUGGCUGGUACAAUGGUGGAGUUGAUUGUACGCACGAGUGUCGAAGAAUGUGAAGCGACUGUAACACAGCAUCUAAGUUUGAGAGUGUUUAUCGAUCUUGACGGAAUGUUCACCCUCACUGACUACGUUCUAGGCACCGCUAUUACAGAGCCUUUGGAAAACGAGCUUCAUGAUGAAGAUCAGCCUCAAGAUUAACAAUUAAAAGCAAGAACUAAUGUAUAAGAAACUUUAAGCCAAAGCUGAAGUAGCUAUAUAGCUGUAGUUUUAUAGAGAACCAAAAAAAAACAAUGUUUCCCCACGUAGGAUAUAGACUAGUAUGCAUAUUUUUAUAGUUGUGGCCCUCAGGCUUUUAGCUUUGAUGUGACCUCUAUAAUGUGUACAUGCAUGUAUAUGCAUAAUCAUUAUAUAUCAUUCCAUUAUAAGCAUG